GUGUUACAAAACGAUGACAUGCUUCCGGUGCCGCUAGAGAAACGUACCUGGAAAUGGUGGAACUUUGUGACCUUUUGGCUCGCAGAUGCCUGGAAUGUCAACACGUGGACGAUAGCCAGCACUAUGAUAGCCGCUGGCUUAAGUUGGUGGCAAGCUUGGACAGCUGUCUGGAUAGGAUAUUCAAUCGCGGCUUGCUUUAUGGUUCUUAAUGGACAUGCAGGUUCUAAAUACCAUUGUUCCUUUCCAGUCCUGACACGCGCAACUUUCGGGAUAUGGGGUUCUCUUUGGCCCAUUCUCAACCGAGCAUUGAUGGCUUGUGUGUGGUAUAGUGUACAAGGAUGGAUCGGAGGCCAAUGUGUCUACUUGCUCAUUCAAUCCAUAUGGCCGUCCUUCAGCUCACUACCAAAUAUGAUCCCAUCUAGUGGGACGGAUAGCGCCCAUUUCUUGUCUUUUGCAAUAUUUUCCCUUGUCUCGUUAAUUCCAAUAUAUUUCCCAAUUCAUCAAAUCCGACACUUUUUCACAAUCAAGGCGAGAUCCCUAAGCUCUCUCUUUCCCUUUUCUGCAGUGGUUGCGCCAACCGCUGGGACUGCAUUUUUUAUUUGGUUUGUUGUGAAGGCUGGUGGGGUGGGCACGAUUCUACAACAACCCGCGCGUGCUGAGGGGAAGCAGCUCCAAUGGGCAUUCAUCAAUGCAGCCAUGGGCUGUAUAUCCAACAUGGUCACCCUCAUCACUAACAAUCAGGACUUCUCAGCUCGAGCCGAUAAAACCUCUAGCAUGAUUCUUCCUCAACUCAUAGCCCUCCCGAUGACAUUUGGGAUGGUAUCCUUCUUUGGAAUCAUAGUUUCCUCAUCCUCAAACGUCCUUUACGGCCAUCAGAUAUGGGACCCGCUUGAACUUUUGGAACGCGUUCUCACAGGCUCACCAACUAUCCCAUCGCGAGUAGCCGUAGGAGUAAUCUCACUUUCCUUUACCUUUUCGCAAAUGGGGACCAAUGUGGCAGCCAACUCAGUAUCCGCAGGUUGCGACAUGGCUGCCCUAUUUCCCAGGUUCAUCAAUAUCAGACGAGGAUCGUAUAUAGCCGCAGUCUUGGGUUUUUGCAUGAUGCCUUGGGAGCUACUAGAUGGACCAACAAAUUUUUCCACAUAUCUAUCUGCUUACUCAGUCUUCCUGUCUAGUAUGAUUGGAUGCUUAUUGGCAGAAUAUUAUGUGGUAUCUAAACGCCUGAUAACAGUAAAGGAUCUUUAUGUCGCAGACAGUUCUGGAAUUUAUUAUUAUUUUCAUGGAGUCAAUUGGCGUGCUUAUCUGGCCUACUUCUCUGGAUUGGCGCUCAACAUGCCUGGCUUUGUAGGAAUGAUCCAAGGUCAAAUGGGUAUAUCAGUAAGAAUUUAUCAGCUUUCCUUCUUCACAGGACUCGGAAGCUCGUUCAUUGUCUAUAUCAUUCUAAACAGACUCUUUCCCACAAGGAAAUCCACAAUAGAGGAAGCGCAGAGUCCCAUCACGAGGAAGAUUAUUGAUGAAAAGGCCUAA